CCUGUAUGUUCCUGUCUCUGCUCAAUUUGUGUGCUUCACUCGGUAUUUGCUUCACAAUGAACGCAGAGAGGCCACAUUUUUUGUCGCAGCCCGUAGUAAAGAACAUUUUUGUCUAUCGAAAUGGAGAUCCGUAUUACGAAGCUCGGCGUUUGGUGAUAAACGAGAAGAGGGUGUCCAACUUUGAGACGUUUCUGCGAGAGGUGACGGGUGGGGUGAAACCUCCUUUCGGAGCGGUGAGGAACAUUUAUACACCUAGAGAAGGGCAUCGGGUGGCUUCUAUGGAGCACCUCCAGAGCGGGGAGCAGUAUGUGGCGGCUGGCCGAGAGAAGUUCAAGAAACUGGAUUACUUUCAGAUUGGAGCCAGAAAGAAAAGAAUGCAGCAGAGCAAUGGUCUGGCCAAGCCAGUGCCUCAGAGUCGCAUCAUCGUGUCUGCACGCUUCCUGAAGCCCAUCAAAGAGCCGUGUGCCAUUUUUGUGAUAGCGAAUGGAGACCUGCUCAACCCUGCUCUGAGGCUGCUGAUCCCGCACAGGAUUGUGGGCCAGUAUGAGCGGAUCCUGGAGAUGAUCAGUGAGAAAAUUGGCCUGAAGAUUAUUGGGGGCGUCCGCAGCCUGUAUACACUGAAUGGGAGCCAGAUCACCGAAGGAAAGCAGCUGGAAGCUGGUCAGCUCUACAUCGCUGUUGGCCGGGACAAGUUCAAGAAGCUUCCGUACAAUGACCUUCUUUUCAUGAAACCCACAGGGAUUAGGAGGGUCUUUGGAUCAAAAGCAGCUUCACUGCCCCCCAUAUCGAGAUACAGAAAAUCGAAUGGGAGUGUGAGCGGCCAGGUGAGCAUGUCGGUAGUGACCUGCAGUGAGCCGUCUGAGGGCAAGUCGCCAGUCCCGCCCCAGGGCCCCCGUGAGCGCCUGUCCUCCAUCGUCAAGCAGAUAUCCCAGAGCCAGCUCAUCAACCUCCGCAAGAAGAUAAGCGGCCUCAGCAUGAGCCUCAGCGCCCAGGACAACGAUGAGGGGGCCCAGGCUGCUGAUGAUGGAGCUGAGAACACAGAGGAGAAGCCACCAGAACAGGAGGAGCCCAAACCUGAGCAGGUGGAGUUAUAG